AUGUUGUCUACAUCGAAGUAUUCGAAAGAUGUACAGUGGCAGUCGUUGCAGCGAUUAAAACGCGAGAGAUCUGCCGAUGUAUCCCAAGUCUUGAAAUGCGUAGUUCCACAUGAAGUCACCAAAGUGUUGACCACCGUAUCAUCAUCAACUUUAUCGCCAGAUGCUAAAAGAUCGCGUCUACAUUCCGGCUGCAGCACUCAAUUAGAAAAACUGGGAUUGAAACUAUCUGGUAGGAUUCCACAUGUAGUGUUGGAAGAGUGCUUGAAAUAUACAGAAAAUAGCGAUAAAUUGGGGAUAUUUUCACGCUUGCGAGAAUUCUUCGGAGAACAUUUGUUUGUUCUCAAUGCUGAUUCACAGAUAUAUUGCGCAAAACUUUUGAUUCAAAUAGCAAUAGCUUCAAGAGUUGUGGCUGUGACUAAUACUUGCUUACUUUACGCACUUCAUAUCUGCAAAUCAGCUGAUAUAAAGCAAAAUAUAUGGGCCGAAAUCGUGAUAUCGUUGGCUGAUGAUAAGGAUAAGAAGGAAAUAAGCCUAUUUCAUCGACCUGCUACGUAUGCUUCCCUGUUAGCUCUUUUUGAGUGGGCACUAUCGGAAGGCUUAAGAAUAGAUCAAUAUAUGCAGCAAAUGAUUUGUAUGGCUGAGGAGAGUAUGCGCUCAACCGAUCAAAACAAUCGCAUUGCUGCUGUCAAUUUUUUUGUGACAUGUCUGUUAAAAGGUAAGGAGCUGUGCUCGAUACAGGAAUUUUUGUGGCUCGAAAAACUUUUAUCAAAAAUGGCAGAAGAUCGUGAUUCAAGAGUGCGAAUAGCCGCAGUAAAAGGUCUUUCAACGAUGGCUGCCAGUGGCCGUUUACUCAGUUUUUCUAUUUAUCAACAAGUGAAAAAUUUGUGUGGAAACUCGUCAAAAAUAGUUCGAACGGAAGCAUUAUAUAUCCUGAAAAUAUUCGCAGACCACCGUCCCGAAACAGAAAUCGUUGGUCGAAACGGUGCAAAAUUGCGAUUAGUGGACGAUGCAUUUGCCGCUGUUUGCCAUGCAAUAAAUGAUGUUGAGGUCACUGUUCGUGCUGUUGCUGCCCGACUUUUGGGUGAUUUUAAACAAGUUUCUGAUUCUUUUUUGGAUCAAACGCUUGACAAGAAACUGUUAAAUGCUAUGAGGAUGUCAAAAACACGCGAUGGUGCUUCAAAAAAACCGCAAGCAUAUGGAUCACGAUGUCGACGCUCACAAGCAACAAGUGAAUGGUCAACGGGGAAGAAACUAGGAGAAGAUGUUCCAGUGGAAAGAUUUGAUGAAGAACAAACUAGCAUCAUUUCUUCUGGAGCUUGUGGUGCUUUCGUAACGGCGUUGGAAGAUGAAUUUAUGAUUGUCCGACAGGCUGGUGUUUAUUCUCUGGGCAAACUGGCCGCUGAUCGUCCAUUUUUAGCAGCUGCUGCUUUAGAUCAUUUAGCCGAUAUGUUUAACGAUGAGAUUGAGCAGGUACGUCUAGAUGCUGUACGCGCGUUGACACCACUAGUUGUCCAUGGCAUAUUACAGAAAGAGCAGCUCGACACCAUAUUAACCGUUCUCGAUGAUGCUUUUCCGGACAGUAGGGAAGCUUUGCGUGUAUUACUGUCAAGAUCAACGUUAGGUACUCCUGAUUGCCUUCGAUAUGUUGUCAAAGCACUACUUAACUGUAUGAGAAGAUUCCCGAUUGAUCGUCAAUCAAUUUUCAAAUGUAUGAGUGAUCUUGGCCGUCGUCAUGCAACAUUCGUACAACUCUUGUCUGAUGAAUUGCUUGAAUUGCAUCCUGUCUUCGAUAUUACAGAGCCAGCAGUUGACGAUCAAUUCUAUUUGGCCAAGCUCAUAUUAAUACUAAAUGCGGCAAGUGCUCAUGAUCCCGUAUGUUCGUUAUUGCCAGCAUUUGCGGUGCGUCAUUAUAAAUUUCUGCGCUGCUCAAUGCCGCUUUUAGUACCUAUGAUCGAGGCAUUUUCGGAUGAUGGUGCUUCCGGCACAAACAAUCUUUCUAUCAACAAAAAAUUAGCAGAAGCUGGGGAACGAACUCGUGCCCUCCUUGAACGUACAUAUGAAAUGAUGCAAGAAGCUUCUCAGUCCAGAUCUUAUCAACAGCGAAUGAUUGAAAAAAGGCUUUUACUCAACGAUAUGAAUGCAUUAUGUGAAGGAGAUGAGGGAGUAGCCGGUACAGCGCAGUUUUUGUCUUGCUUGUUAAAAAUCCUUAUGCAGUGCGAACUCAGUGUUAAAAUCCUUUCCUGCGAUGGUGAUUUACAAACUGCGCUCAACGCUAUUGAUGAGGGCCUCAAACUUUUGGAGCGUGCUGACAAUGACUUCUCAUCUGUGGAUAACGUAAUGUUAGCAAUGCUCGAAGAAUUUCAUUUCCAGCUUUCAAUUUUGCGCCUAGCAGCGUUGUUUGAUAUAAAACCUCCAGCUUACACAAAUGCAGCACAGCUCAUAGAAGCGGAAGUGAUUCGAUUUAAAGAACGAUGUCGAUCAUUGGCAGUAUCUCCAAGUGAAUCCAUGGCUGAAGUAUUAAUUGGUAUUGAAAGGAUUUUUGUAACAACGCAAGCGAAGAAAUUCAUUAGUGGUUCAAGCCUGACUGCUUUGUUCCAGUCUCAUGCAGUUCCGCUACAGAAAAAAUUUGCAUCGCUUGGCAGCAUUUCUAUUAAAUGGGCUCAGAUUGUUGAGCCAUCAGAAACCCCCAGUGAGCCAAUACGUUUUGUCGUUGGAUUACCGCUUGGAAUUUCAAUAAAUAUUCUGUUACAUAAUUUUAGCAAAAAGGACAUUUUUCGAUUCAGAAUAAAGACGGACUAUCCGGACCGAAGUUCGAUCCUAUUUUGUCCACGAGAAAGUGAAUUCAAAGAGAUUGCUGCACGUACUUAUCGUCUUCUUUGCAAAGUGCUAGUACAGGCAGAUAAUCUUUGGUCAGAUUCAGCUCGAGUUCGUUUUGGUUGUGUGCUGAAAUCUGAGCAGCUCACAGAUGUGACACCGCCAUUAGUAAGCGGCUUCAUCCGUUCAUCAUGCAUCCCAAUAGCCGAAUCACCGUUUUCAACUAAGCAAGCUACCAUGGAAAUCCCCAUACAACCUAUUCAAGCGAAAGCAAGUUGCUAA